AUGAUUAUCCCGGCUAUUUUCGUUUUUGUAUUUGGUGCGUACUUGAUAUAUUGGAUCGUGUACUCUUGGCGAAUGAACAAAUUGACCGCAUCACUACCGGAGCCUCCGUCUUUGCCUCUACUCGGGUGUGCAAUGCGUUUUACAGGAAAUAGCGAGAAAAUGUUUCAGAACGUUGAUGAAAUAGCUCAAAUAGCAUUGGCACAUAAAGGUUGUGUCAAGAUAUGGCUUGGUCCAAAAAUGUAUGUGGCUAUCGUUAAUCCAGAAGACGCACAAGUAGUAUUAGAUAAUUGCCUUGACAAAGAUACUGUAUACCGUUUCCUGAGACCUUGGUUGGGGCACGGCCUCUUUAUUGCACCAGUGGGUCUGUGGAAAAUGCACAGAAAAGUUUUGUUGCCAAUAUUUAGAAAUAAAAUAAUAGAAGAAUAUUUGAAUGUCGUCAGUGACCAAGCUAACGUUUUGCUAGAAAGACUUGAAGAAAAAGUGGAUAGAGAAGAUUUCGACGUCUUGAAAUACAUCACUGCGUGUACUUUGGACAUUGUGUUUGAGACAGCCAUGGGUGAGCGCAUGGACGUACAACACAAACCAGAUACACCAUAUUUGCAAGCGAGAGAAACGGUCAUAACAAUUAUGAAUAUGAGGCUAUUUAAAGUGUGGCUACAACCUGAUUGUCUUUUCAAUCUCACCUCAUAUGCCAAACAACAGAAAGAAAAUAUUGACCUCACGCACAAGUUCACGGACGAGGUUGUCCAAAAAAAACGUUUCGACUAUGAAAAUAAAAGGGACAAUAAAAAUGGAGAACAGACGCCAGACGCUGUUCUGGACUUGCUGUUUGGAAGAGAGAUAGACUUUAGUAAUGAAGAACUUCGCGAACACAUAGAUUCCAUUACCAUUGCCGGGAACGAUACUACGGCGUUGGUCAUCGCGUAUACUUUGGUGUUGUUAGGCGUCCAUCAAGAUGCACAACAGAGAGUAUUACAGGAACAGGAAGAAAUCUUUGAUAAAUCAAAACGAGGAGUAAACAAAGGAGAUCUCCAAAGAAUGCACUUCUUGGAACGUGUUGUGAAGGAGAGCAUGAGGCUCUACACUGUUGUUCCUUUAAUUGCUAGAAAUGUACAUGAGAAUAUACAUCUUCCGGGUUGUGGUGCAACAUUGCCGGCUGGCACGGGAGCAGUGGUUGCUGCUUUCGCUAUGCACCGAUCAGAAGCGAUAUGGGGGCCUACAGCUAACGAGUUCGACCCUGAUCGUUUUCUCCCAGAACGAUCAGUUGGGCGCCAUCCCGCUGCAUUUGUACCAUUUAGUUACGGAACAAGAAACUGUAUAGGGCGAAAUUUCGGCAUGAUGAUUAUAAAGAGCAUAUUAUCGAGUGUUAUGAGAUCAUACCAUAUCGAAGCGCAACCAAUUGAAGGACUUAAAAUGGAAAUGUUGCUCUUUCCCACGGAGGGUCAUCAAAUUAAAAUUUCAAAAAGAUGA